AUGAGUGUCUUUCAAUCACUACGACGCGCCCUUACCAUCAAGGGCCCCAAGACUCACGGAGCUGGUAUGCCAUCGGGCCACAUACCAGUCCACACCACAAGGCCCUUUCGUCACGUUCCAGUGAUACAAAAGCACUACCGCGGCGAUCCACAGCUUCGCGUGGAGCAAAACGCUCCACAUACAGACUGUUAUGUUAAGGGCCUGGACUUGGAGGGGGAUCUCCUUGUCAUCAAGAGGAGGCUCAAGGGUCUGGGAUACCGCGACAGUGCCGUCCUGAACCAGUUGCAGGCCACGUAUGGGGCCUCGAGGGAGAUGCGCGGGGCUCUCAAGGGCGUGGAGCGCAAGUUGAACGAGGAAAAGGAACGGAAGAAAGCGGAGGAUUUGGAGCAAGAGCUCAGUUACUACAGGGGAUGGGAUAAAAGACGGACGGUCUCGGAUUAUACAACCUGA